AUGAUAAUAACAACAAGAACGACGACGAUGGCAACGCACGAAAUAAUCUGCCUCUUACUGACCUGUCAAUUAUUUUUUUCAACCGAGUCGGCGGCCGGUUACAACGUGCUGCUGGCCACGAUGGGUGGUACGAAAUCGCACACGGUACCAUUCGUUGCCCUCGGUAGCAUACUCAAGGUCAGAGGUCACAACGUAACACUUUUCAGCGCGUUCGCAGGACCCGCGGCCAACAACGCUCUGACGGAAUUCGUACCGCCGCUUUUGGAGGCGUACGUUGGAAAUUAUACCUCGGAAUGGGAUCUGGUAGGAUCGAGAUUCAGGAACGAACUACCCCUGUCGCCGUGGGACGCCAUGAGGUACGGAUGGGAGUCCUGCGAGGCGUUGCUGAAGGACAAGAGCUCGAUCGCGGCGCUGAGAAGACCGAACGGGAACCGAGGAUCCCGAUGGGAUGUGGCCGUCCUGGACGGUGCAUAUCCGGAGUGUUUGCUGGCCAUACUGCACAAAGAGAAUAUACCCACAAUAAUGCUGAACACUGUAGCGCUUUACACCGGAUCGAUAAAUCGCCAGGGUAGUCCAUCGCCUUGGUCGAUAACUCCGUAUUUUGGAAAGGCGCUUACACAAGACAUGAAUUUCGUUCGAAGAAUCAUAAACGUCGCUUGCCUAAUGACCCUUGAAGUUAUGCAUUGGAUCAUGAUCACCGGAUACCUACAACCGAUUUUACACAAACAAUUAGGAGAAGACGUACCGGAUGUCAGAGACCUGAUAGCCGAAGUGCCAUUGACGUUCCAAAACAGCCAUUACACCGUAGCGGACGCGGUUCCGCACCUUCCGAACGUGGUGAACGUAGCGUGUUUGCAUUGCAGAAGACCUACCCACCUGAGCACGGAACUCGAAUCGUUCCUGAGAAGAGGUUUCAUCUUCGUGUCGAUGGGAUCGUCGGUGAGGGCGGCGGGCAUGCCGGACGCGCUUCGCGAAAUUUUUAUCGCCGCAUUCUCCACGCUACCCUACAACGUCGUUUGGAAAUGGGAGGGAAUCAAGAUAGAGAAUUUGCCGCCGAACGUCAGAAUCGCCGCCUGGUGGCCGCAGCAGGAACUGCUGGGUCACAAAAAUUUAAAAGGAUUCGUCUCCCACGGCGGUCUCCUCUCCCUCCACGAGGCGGCUUUUCACGGGGCGCCCACUCUGGUUCUUCCCGUAUUCUGCGAUCACGACGGAAACGCCGCUCAAGCUGAGAAACACGGCUACGCACUCCUCAUGGACUUGGCGAGCAUAUCGGCUACGGCGUUGCGCGAGGGUAUCCUGAAAAUCGCAUCGCCGAAGAACAAUCCUUACAGAAAGGCCGCCCAACGAACGAGCAUGCUCCUGAGGGACCUACCGAUAAGCCCGCAGGAUCUGGCGACCUGGUGGAUCGAACACGUGGCCAAGUAUUCGGGCGCCGAACACGUGAAAAGUAGCAGUCGACACAUGACAACGAUCCGUUACUACUCCGUAGACGUCGGUUUAUUUUACCUGUGUUUUAUCGCUCUGUUGAUGUACACCAUGAGAAAAUUCACCAUAAGAUUGGUCGUGGCCAAGGGAUCGCCUUCGUCGGUCGACUCGACGAAAUUAACGAGGACUAAAAUCGACUGAAUAUUAAAUAUACGUACGUACGUAUAUUUUACGCAAGAAAAAGUGAUAAACGUAGAGAUAUACGCUGUAAAUAUACAAUUUGUAUUCGCGUUUAUUUCGAACGCGUGGGGGGGGGGGGGAGGGGGGGACUGCGCUAUCCGAACCCCCGCCAUUAUUUUAAAUUUACAAUUAUAGUCGAAAACUAUUUAUUAGAUAGGAUCGUUAUUAUACCGUGCCGCAAAUCCCCGUCUAAUUAACUUAAAAGAAAUAUAAUUAGAAGAAGAAGAAAAAAAAAAAAAAAAAAAAAAAAUAUAGGAAAAAGCUGCAGAACGCCGCGACGAUAUAUGAACGAUGAUUGCGAUUAUUAUCGAUGAUAUAAACGUCACGUGAGGAUCAGGAAGUGAAUCUAACGCGUACUGUAUGAGGUGCGUGUAACAAUGGUGUUCCGAAUUUCACCGUUAUUUCAAAAAAAUAGGAGAAAUUUAUUUUUUUAUUUAUCGGACACAACGAGCUUCGGAUACCCACGUAUAUCCAUAUAUCACAUAUGUACCAUCUGUAUGUACACCUGUACACAAUUCUUUAGCGCUAUUAUCUACAGAACAGUCACAUUACACCGCAUACUAUGGAUAUACAUGAGAAGCGUCGCGCUUUCUAACGCGAGCUCUGCGUUAUAACGGCAAUAAAAUUGUAAAUCGGAAUGUGCUGUAUACGCAUGUGUACAUUACACACGUCUAUGUGGUAUUUAUAGCCGCCAAUGCUAUGUGAAUAAAAUACAGCGAUUUUCGUUCGUAUAGCGUACAUAUACCUGUGUAGUUAUAUAUAAUGUAAUAAGUACACGUGAUUAUAUACAUAUAUGAGGAAGUUACGCCGCAAGAAGAGACACACAAAGUUAUAUAUUCAUGGUUAUCGGGUGUACCUACUUGUACACCUACUUAUCCGGUAUAUACCAUAAUAUUAUACUACAUAUUGUAGAUCUGACUUCUACGUGCGUCGUUAUAAAUUAGAAAUUUAUAUUCGAUCAAUGCUAUUCACUUAUAGCAUUGUUUAUGCGGUACAACUUCAACCCAUAUCUACGUCCAGCUAUGUAUCAAUUACAUAUGUAUACUGUGUAAUACCAUAUAAUCGGAAUUUCGAUAUUAAUAAUCGAAAGUUCAUCUUCAAAGGUAUUGUAUGUCCACAUCUGGCCUGAAAAAUUAUCAGGUUAUAUACAUACGGAUACGGAUUGUGUCGAAAAAAUAGAAAUAGACAACGAUCCAAAUCUUCCAAAUUAUGUUCGUAUGUAAGGUAAUAUAUGCCUAGUUUUAAACUUCAAAUAUUACAGUUCUUUCUCGAUGCGAUGCGUGGAAAAAAAAACCAACAAACAAAUCUAUCUGUAAUUGAAAAGAAAGAAAAAUGUUCUAUUUUAUAUAAGCGAUAAUCUCAAACAGCUCAACGACGCAGCAAUAAUUAUUGUAUAAUUGUCGUGUAUUUUAUCAUUCUAUGUAUAGUAGUAUAAUGUAGAGAGUCAGGAAAUA